UGGUCUGAUGGGUAAUGAUCUGAAUUUAAAGUCUGUUCAAAGCAAGUUCAAAGGAAAAGUCCAAUGGCAUACUGUAUUCUGUUUCCAUAAGCUUUCCAUAGACAUGCAUCCACAACAAACAUAUCUAAAGCCUAAGCACUCUUUUCACCAUCUGCAGCUUUGACCAUUUCACAUGUUGGCUAGAUUUUUAGAGGUUAUUUCUAUUCAUGACUGCAGUUCAAUCUUGACGAGCAUAAACUGGCAUUUUGUAUAAACGUAAGUUAACUGUACUUUAUAGGCCUGGGUAUUUUUGAUUAAAUUCAACAAUACUUUUGUAAUACAUAUUUCUAACUUUUUUGGGUUUUAAAAUGUUCACUGUUCAAUAUGACCAUUUACACUUUUUACGUUUCAUGAAGUCGCUUACACAGGCUAUUAAAAUAGUGCCCCAUAUUUCAAAACAACCCCUAUCUAUUAGCCUACACCCCUUGUUUUCAGCUGGAGUGAACAUGCCCACCAGUCACCCGGAAGCAUGCACAAUUCCCAAAGAUGGCGGAGCAAUGUCCAAUGGCGAUAGCUAUGCGGCUAAGGAAUCAGCUACAGACUGUUUACAAGCUUGAUCCUUUAAGAAAUGAGGAGGAAGUGAAAUUGAAAAUCAAAGACCUCAACGAGCAUAUUGUCUGCUACCUGUGCGCUGGCUACUUCAUAGACGCAACGACAAUAACAGAGUGCUUGCACACCUUUUGUAAAAGCUGUAUUGUGAAAUACCUUCAGACCAGCAAGUAUUGUCCAAUGUGCAACAUCAAAAUUCACGAAACACAGCCUUUGCUAAAUCUAAAGUUGGACCGAGUAAUGCAAGAUAUCGUUUUCAAAUUGGUUCCAGGACUGCAAGAAAGUGAAGACAGAAGAAUAAAGGAUUUCUAUCAAUCACGUGGCCUUGAAAGAAUUAUACAACCAUGUGGAGAUGACAUAACUCCAGACCAUGGCAGAUUACCCUACACCAGCUUUGACCACUCCAAAGCUCAUUUCUACAGAUACGAUGAACAGGUGUCCCUGUGUCUAGAGAGGCAAAGUUCGUCUUACUCAUCAAAGGAUAAAAACAAAUUAACCUUACAGAAGAAGUUUGUACGUUGUUCUGUCAGAGCAGAGGUCAGACACCUGAGGAAGGUGUUGUGUCAUCGGCUCAACGUGGAGAAGCACCAGGUCCAGAUGUUGCUGAAUAAUGAGUCCCUUCCGGAUCACAUGACCAUGAAACGACUGUGGCUCUCCUACUGGUUUGGCAAGGCUCAACCCCUGGUUCUACACUACAGCAUCAAGGACAAACGCACAAGAUAGGACUUUUGUAAUGGUUUCAAGAAAUGUAAACGUUUUUUUUGUAUUUGAUAUAUUCUAUUUUGAUAUUUUUGUGCGCUCACAUUUUUUAUUUUGUUGUUUGGUACUUUGGAAAAUAAAUUGAAUUGUUUAAACUA